AUGACCGUGAGAAAGAAUAGUUUAAAAUUAUCGGUUACAAACUAUUGUUUAGAAUAUGGAUUGUUCCCCAUGAAUGAGUUCGUACAUGGAGCUGUAUCUACUGGAGGUUCAAAUGAGCUUAAUGCUCGUUUGUUCAAGUUUUUUCAAGAAGCAUCAAUACCAGUGCUUCCAACAAGAGACUUGUCUGAUUCAGAGGAAGAUGAGAAAACUUUAUCAUUUUUGGUUGAGGAAAUACUUAUUUAA